CCACAGGUUCGGUGUGUGGGGUUGGGGCCGCGUGACAGGUCCCGGCACCUUCUGGCUCCUCCGCGGGGCUGGGGUCCGGAGGGCUGCACAGGAAAAAGGGUCCUGACGCAGCGGCUGCCCUGGGCAUGCGCUGGCUAAACCCCUGUAAACGACUCCCCCAGCGGGGCUGGCACUGCAGGGGCUGCGUCCAGCUAUCUCCCCGCACCGGACACCGUAUUUGGGACGGGACUGGCACGGCCCCACGGAGGCUGGGGUCAGGGUGGCCGCUUGGAGACCGGGGUCCUGACCCGGAGCGUGGGAUUUGCAUACGAUUGCUGCCCCGUGGACGAUGGGGUCUUUGUCCCAAGGCUUGGUCCGGGCCGCGCCGGCCCCGGCCCGCAAGAGUCGCCGGCUAAUGGGCUGAACUGGGACGGGACGGCGGUGGCCGCGGGGGCCCGGCCCGCCCCCCGCGAGCCCCUCCCCGCCGCGGGGCCGGGCGGGGGCGGCGCCUGGCGGGCGGGCGGGCGGGGCCCGGGCCGGGGCGGCGGCGGCGGGCACCAUGGAGCUGCUGUCGGCGCUCAGCCUGGGCGAGCUGGCGCUCAGCUUCUCGCGCGUGCCCCUCUUCCCGGUCUUCGACCUCAGCUACUUCAUCGUCUCCCUUGUCUACCUCAAGUAUGAGCCAGGUGCGGUGGAGCUGUCCCGUCGCCACCCCAUGGCGUCCUGGCUGUGUGCCAUGCUGCACUGCUUCGGGAGCUACAUCCUGGCUGACCUGCUCCUGGGGGAACCUGUCAUCGACUAUUUUAGCAACAGCUCUAGUAUUCUGCUGGCCUCUGCUGUCUGGUACAUGAUUUUCUUCUGCCCCCUUGACCUCUUCUACAAAUGCGUGUGCUUCCUGCCCGUGAAGCUCAUCUUCGUGGCCAUGAAGGAGGUGGUCCGAGUGCGCAAGAUUGCCGCGGGCAUCCAUCACGCCCACCACCAUUACCACCACGGCUGGUUUGUCAUGAUCGCCACCGGCUGGGUCAAAGGCGCAGGUGUGGCACUCUUGUCCAACUUUGAGCAGCUGCUCCGAGGGGUGUGGAAGCCAGAAACCAACGAGAUCCUGCACAUGUCCUUUCCCACCAAGGCCAGCCUAUACGGAGCCAUCCUCUUCACACUGCAGCAGAGCCGCUGGCUGCCUGUGUCCAAAGCCAGCCUCAUCUUCCUUUUCACCAUGUUCAUGGUGUCCUGCAAGGUGUUCCUGACGGCCACCCACUCGCAUGGCUCCCCAUUCGACCUGCUGGAGGCCUACAUCUGCCCUGUGCUGUUUGGGUCAGCCUGGGGAGGAGACCACCAUGACGGCCAUGGGGGCGCCCACGGAGGCCCCGCACACUCCACACUGCCCAAGUCCAAGGAGGAGCUGAGUGAAGGUUCCCGGAAAAAGAAGACCAAGAAAGCCGACUAAGGGGGCUGCAGGGGGUCUCGACAGUGUUCGUGGGAAUCGGGGUCCCUUUGCUGCUAUUUUGGAGAGGGGGGCCUCAGCCUAAAGGGAUGUCAGGACUCUGAUGUCCUCCUAGUUCUGCACCUCUGAUCCCCCCGCCAGAGACUGGAUAGAUGGAUCUUCCUGCCGCUGCUCGCACCGGUUCCUCCUGCACAGCAGGAGCAUCAUGCUCUUGCCUGCCCCUGCUCGGCGACCAGCAGGGGGCACGUUGGCCCAGACCCCUGCCCCUCUGAGCAUUGGGCGCAGCUGUAUCUAGGGUCCUGGGAGCUGCGGAAGGCUCAAGCCACCCUGGGCUGAAGGCCAUCCCCAAACCAAAGAGAUGCAACUGGCCGGCAGGGCCCCAGGAUCCAGCUCUAUCCUCUCUUAGCUGCACUUCGUCACUCAGUCAGUCACCAAACACACAGACAAUGCGGGUGUUGCUGGGUGGGGCUAGGGGUCCUGCUGGCCACCAUCUUGUGGCCUGGGUCACCAGGAUGGGGGCAUGGACACACCUGGCUCAGGUGGGGUCUCUCCAUGGGUCACUGCACUCUGGGAAAUGCCUUCCUGGGGAGCUGGGGGGUUCUGAGGCAGAAAGACGCUCCCAGGUCUCAGCUUGGUGAGAGGGUCCGCGAAUAAACCCUGUGUGAGACUCA